AAUACGGGUAUGGGGACGUGUUUAAUUCAGAGCAGGAGAGACGGAGCAGGAAAGCGGUACUGAUUUCAGCGAAAUCAUGGCUGGUAAAAUUCAGGUUCUGUCUUUGGAGGAGAGAGAGCAGCUCCUCCCCAUGCUCCGCAGCGCACAGUGGGCCGAAGUGGUGGGCAGGGAUGCCCUCUAUAAGGAGUUUGUUUUCAAAGACUUUAACCAGGCUUUUGGGUUUAUGUCUAGAGUAGCGCUACAGGCUGAGAAAAUGGAUCAUCAUCCAGAGUGGUUCAAUGUUUACAAUAAGGUUCACAUCACCCUCAGUACACAUGAGUGUGGAGGACUGUCUAAGCGUGACAUUACUCUUGCUACUUUCAUUGAUCAAGUUUCAGUGUUGUGAGGAUGACUGUCGUAUCUCUUAGACUGCUCAAUUAAAAGUAUUAAGUUGGUUAUGUUUUCCAAAUGCAUACUAAUCCAAUCCCAAACUGAAAAUCUUUGAUGGCCUGUUACACAGACGGUAUCAAUGAAAACACAGGAUAAAUCGUCUGUAAAUUAAUAGCUAUCUGUACAGGAUCUUCAUGUGUUUUAAUAGCUGUAACCAAAUAUCUACUCUGCCCUGAAAAAGUAUUAUGCAUUUAUUUUCUAUUUGUUGUGCACAGGAUAUUGCUCCUCUUACGAUCAUGAUUUUGUAGAGUAUUUCAACAAUUUUGAUGGAUAAGCCUUAAACUCCCUAAUAAAGCAAAACCCAACAAUUCUCAA